AUGAGAGCAGAUCCUGAGGCCAGACUUUUAGCCUUUGGAUGCAGCACCGCCCCCAUCAACAACGUUAAACUCUUUGCGGGAAAUUUAAAGGUGGCUGUGGCAGCCGUGGUGGAAAAUGUUGUUCCAUAUGGGUUUGCUACAAGCAAUGUGUCGGUAGGAGCAGAUCAGGUAGAUUCAGUAUAUGUACUGGCGCAGUGUAGAAAGGAUAAGUCCUCUGCUGAUUGCGCUACCUGCAUCAAGGUAGCAACAAAACAAAUUGGCGUCUGUCCCAAUAAUAUUACCGGCGCCAGGGCAAGCUACGACGGAUGCUUUCUGCGUUACGAGAACUAUAAAUAUUACAUUUCAAGCUACACCGAUGAGGGAAAAAAACAGAUCUGCGGUAAUGCCAACGUAACCAUGUCCAAUUCGUCUUCGGCAACUGCUCAAAGUUUGAUAAGCGAUCUCUGCACUGCAACUCCAAGAAUAAAUGGUUAUUUUGCUGCACAGACUAGACAAGGGCCGUCUAACAAGACAAUUUAUGGACUUGCCUCGUGUAUACAUUCCAUUGAAAGGGAUUCCUGCGAAGAAUGCCUGAGUACUGCUAAGACCAACAUAAAUAAGUGUUUUCCUCGCUCCCAGGGGAGGGCUAUAGACGCCGGCUGCUACUUGCGAUACGAUUCCAAACCCUUUUUUCCAAGCAAUGCGACUAUCGAUUUGGAACCUUUCUUACACACAGAAAAAGAAGAGACUCAAUGA